AUGUCAAAAAGAUCAAAAAAUGAAAAUUUCUCUUCUUCAUUAAAAGAUGUACAGAACGAGAACAUUGCAAACCGUUACAUAGCAAGGAUUCCAUUUUCAGACAUAACUAAUGUUAUCUAUACUGAUACGAAUAAGGAAGCGAAGGAGAGGCGAAGACAACGAAAAAUCUAUUUGGAUUCUCGGAAAAACAGGUCUCUACAAACACAUUCUAACGCUCUCAGGAAUGUAUCUUCAGUUUUCAUCCCUAAAAUUACUCAAGAUGAGAGUAAGGAGAGGCGUAAACUUAGAAAAUUAUACAUCGAUGGUAAACGUUAUGGAAUGCAAAAAGGUAAAUCACAAUCAAUAGAUGUUAUAGCAUCUACUUCUGGUUCAUCAUCCAUUCCGCAUUACAUGCUCAAUGAUACAACACAGGCGUCCAUUGAAUAUGGAGUUUAUGACCCGAGAUUUCUUCAAAAUGACUGCAAAGAGAGACGGAGGUUAAGGAAAUUAUAUUUAGACAGUAAAAGAUCUACUACUCUACAACAACGAAAAUUACACCCUUCCAAUACUUUAACAUCUUCUACUGAUUUAAGAUUGUUGUCUUCCAACACGCACAAUGUUACUCCUACAUCGUCGGUGUUACCUACAAGUACUGUUAGCUGUCUUACAAACAACAUGACUACACCAAUAAACAUUCGUCGUUUUUCUCUAUCUUCAAACAUCACAAAUUCUGGCAACACAUCUACUAUUCUCGAAAGUUCUUCUUUACAGAGGAUGUCGCCAGGAAAACGUAAGUUAAUAAGUAAAUCGCGAGUUACAUCUCCUAUACCAAUGAUUGACUUGACGAUAGAGGAAACUACAGAUGAGGCAAUCUACAAAGGAGUUUCAACAGAUUAUAUCGAUCAUGGUGACCAAUGUAUUACUUGUGAAGUAUGCAAUGCUAAAUUAUGGGAUGCUGAAAAAGGAAGGGGAAGAAAAGAGAAAGAAAGAAUAUGCUAUUUCUUAUGUUGUGGUUACGGCAAAGUAGAACUACCAGAUUAUAAAGAUGCUGUUCCAAGUUAUAAGAAACUUUUUAUGUAUAAGGAUAAAGAAAGCAAACAUUUUUUGAAUAAUAUUCGACGGUAUAACUCAAUGUUUGCUUUCACGUCAAUGGGUGGUAAGGUUGAUCCCACUGUUAACAGAGGUAAUGGACCAUUCUGCUACAGAAUUAGUGGAGAGAACUACCACAGCACUGGAAGCCUGCUUCCGGAAGACGGAGAUCAACCUAAAUUUUGCCAGCUCUACAUUUUCGAUACUGAAAACGAACUUUCCAACAGACAAUCCGUAUUUAGUCGUUCAAAGGAUUCAUCCUCCUCGAGUGGUGCUGAACUUGAUACUAAACUGAUUGAACAUAUAAAAUGUCUUUUAGAUUCAGAAAAUCAGUUGGUAAAAGCUUAUAGGAUGGUUAGAGACCGUUUUCAUGAAAACCCUGAUCUUAAUCUGAAGCUUCGUCUAAUUGGUAUUAGAGAAAAGGAUGGACGAACAUAUAAUUUACCAACAUGUGGUGAAGUUGCUGCUCUAAUUGUUGGGGAUAUUGCCAACACAAUCAACAAUAGAGAUAUAGUUAUUGAAACGCGGACAGGUACUUUGAAACGAAUUAGUGAAUUGCAUCCUUCAUACCUUGCACUUCAAUAUCCUAUUUUGUUUCCUUAUGGUGAUGAUGGUUAUAGAAUUGACAUCCCUCAUCGUGGUGUCGUAGACGUAAUCAAUAAGAAACGUCCAAAUUGUACAAUGAGAGAGUUCUUUGCAUAUCGUUUGCAAGACAGAAUUAAUCAGUUUUCAUUGAUUCUAAAUUCAAGGAGACUCUUUCAACAAUUCUUGGUUGAUGCGUAUACUAUGAUUGAGAGCGAAAGGCUUAAAUACAUACGACUUCAACAAAAGAAUCUAAGGUCAGAUAGCUAUGAAAGUCUAUGUGAAUUAAGAAAUAAGGGCCAGCAAGACAUAUCUAACGUUGGAAAACGAAUAUUUUUGCCCUCUUCGUUUACCGGUGGCGCGAGAUAUAUGAUGCAAAAUUAUUUAGAUGCCAUGGCUAUCUGUAAGUGGUUUGGUUAUCCGGAUUUUUUUAUAACCAUCACGUGCAAUCCAAAGUGGCCUGAGGUAAAAAGGUUUCUUAGAGACACAAAUCUUAAACCUGAAGAUAGGCCCGAUAUACUGACCAGAUUAUUUAAAAUAAAGUUGGAUUCAAUUUGCAAAGAUUUUAAAGAACGCCAUCUAUUUGGAAAAGUUGCAGCAGUUGUUUACACAAUCGAGUUUCAAAAGAGAGGACUGCCUCGUGCCCACCUAUGCUUAUUCUUAGAAAAUGAAUCCAAGCUUCCAACGGUAGACCAUGUUGAUCCAUUUAUAACUGCAGAAAUCCCUAAUGAAGAAGAAGAUGCAGAAUUAUAUGCACUUGUGAAAGACUAUAUGAUUCAUGGUCCAUGUGGUAACGCUAAUUUAAGUUGUCCAUGUAUGGUUGACAAUAAGUGUUCCAAGGGUUUUCCAAAGAAAUUUCAAGAUCAUACUACACUGGAUUCAAAUGGAUUCCCAAUAUACAAAAGAAGAGAUAAUGGUGUUUCUGUAGUGAAAAAUGGAAUUGACUUAGACAACCGAAGUGUUGUGCCAUACAACAAAAAACUUUUGAAACGGUACCAGGCACAUAUAAAUGUUGAGUGGUGCAAUCAAGCCGGAUCAAUUAAAUAUUUGUUUAAAUAUAUAAAUAAAGGACCUGAUAGAGCAACCGUUGCAGUUGUCCAACAUGAUAGUAACAACGAAGAACUAGAACAAGACGAGGUCAAAGAAUAUUAUGAUUGUAGGUAUCUAUCGGCUUGUGAGGCAUCUUGGAGGAUCUUCGCAUACGAUGUGCAUUACAGGACUCCAUCUGUUAUGAGGCUGCCAUUCCAUCUUCCCGGAAAACAACCUGUUGUUUUUGGACCCGACGAGGAUAUUAAUCAAGUCCUUAACAAACCAUCUGUCAAAGCUUCAAUGUUUCUUUCCUGGAUGGAACGUAACAAAGACCCGAAUGACACAUUGGCCCGUACACUUACAUAUGUUCAGUUUCCAAGUUGGUAUGUAUGGAAGCUUGAUAAACGUUGUUGGGAACCUAGACAAAGACAUAAGUCAAUUGGGAGAAUUCACGCUGUAAGUCCAUCUCUUGGGGAAGCAUAUUAUUUAAGAAUUCUUCUUAACAAAGUGAAAGGGCCAAAAUCUUUUGAUGAUAUUAAAACAGUUGAUGGUAAGGUAUAUGAUACAUUUAGAGAUGCAUGUUAUGCACUCGGUCUUUUGGACGAUGACGCAGAAUACAUUGAGGCAAUCAAAGAAGCAAAUGAAACAGGAUCCCCUUCGUAUCUUCGUAAUUUAUUUGCUACUUUGCUAUUAACAAAUACGUUGUCCAGACCUGAGGUUGUAUGGGAAAGCACAUGGAGAUACAUGACAGACGACUUUAUCUACAGACUUAGAAAAUAUCAUCGUCUUACAGAUUUAUCAAUUCCAGAUCACCAACUUAAAAACUAUGUUUUGAGUGAAGUUGAAAAAUUCUUAGCCAGAAACAACUCAUCACUCAAAAGAUUUGAGACAAUGCCGUACCCAGAUACUGCGUCUAUGUCUGAUUUAGACAAUCGUUUGAUUAACGAGGAGCGUAUCUACGACCAAACGAAUCUUCAAGUUGAAUUUAAUAAUCAACUUAAUUUGCUAACUGAGGAGCAACGGUCAGUUUUCCAACAAAUAAUCAACGCAGUUGAGGGUAACAAAGGUGGGGUUUUUUUUGUGUACGGCUAUGGUGGGACCGACAAGACCUUCUUAUGGAAGACAUUAUCUGCGGCAAUCAGAUCAAAAGGUCAAAUUGUAUUAAACGUUGCUUCAAGUGGCAUCGCGUCGUUGUUAUUGUCUGGUGGCAGGACCGCGCAUUCCAGGUUUCGUAUUCCAUUGAAUCUUACUGAGGAUUCAGUUUGUCAUAUAAAACCGAAUGGAGAUGUUGCUAGACUACUACACGAAACAAACUUGAUUAUAUGGGAUGAAGCGCCUAUGGUCCAUAAGCAUGCAUUCGAAGCGUUGGAUAGAACAAUGAACGACAUUUUCAAUAUCGAAACUUCAAACAGAUCAAACAUCCGCUUUGGAGGGAAGGUUAUUGUUUUAGGAGGCAAUUUUAGACAGAUCCUUCCUGUUGUUCCAAAUGGUGGAAGACAAGAGAUUGUCAAUGCCUCAAUAAGUUCGUCUUAUCUGUGGAAUACAUGUAAGUUGCUGAGAUUAACAAAAAACAUGAGGUUAACAGUUGGAAGUUCAGCAUCGGACGCUGAAGAAAUAAAACAAUUUGCCAAAUGGCUUUUGGAUAUAGGUGAGGGAAAUGUUGGUGGUCCAAAUGAUGGAGAAGCGUCAAUUGAAAUACCAAGCGACCUUCUAAUCACUGAUACAUCGGAUCCCAUUUCAACUUUAAUUGAUUUUGUGUAUCCUUCAAUUCUCGAAAACUUCAACAAUCAGAAUUAUUUCAGUGAGAGGGCUAUACUUGCACCUAAGAACGAGGUUGUGCAUGAAAUUAAUGAUCGGUUGUUGUCACUAUUCCCAGGAGAAGAACGAGAGUAUCUUAGUUCAGACAGUCUUUUAUCCGGCUUACCUAAUCAUAGGCUAGCACUAAAAGUAGGCGUGCCGGUGAUGCUAUUACGUAACAUUGACCAACAAAAUGGGCUUUGCAAUGGUACACGACUACAAGUCAAAAAAAUGUAUAACCGUGUAAUAGAAGCCGAGAUAAUAUCCGGAGGGAACAUAGGCACACGCACUUAUAUACCAAGGAUUAGUUUGAUACCUUCUGAUAAAAAAAUUCCUUUUGAGUUUCAAAGGAGACAAUUUCCGUUGGCUGUUUGUUUCGCAAUGACUAUUAACAAGAGUCAGGGACAAUCACUGUCUAGAGUUGGUCUGUAUCUGAAGCAACCAGUUUUCACCCAUGGUCAGCUGUAUGUUGCUUUAUCAAGAGUUAAAACCAGACAAGGAGUUAAACUUCUGAUUUUGGACAAUGACGGCAAACCUACUAAUAAAACGACAAAUGUAGUUUACAAAGAAGUAUUUCGUGACUUGUGA